UCCGGGUCGGCGCCGGGGCUGAGCGGACCGGACUGGCGGCGGCAAGUGCCCUGGACGGGUCACUGCCAUCCCUGCCAUCAUCUCUCCUUAGCGCCGUACCCGCACCAGAGGCAGAGGGGCCGCGGGGAAGCCGCACCGUGCCGGGGUCGCUGGAGCGCCGGCGCUGCCUGUACCUGCGCACGGGCCGGGGUGAGCGCGGCCCGCGGGAGCCGCUCCCUCCGUCCCGCGGAGCGCAGCGUCUGGCCCGGCUCCCCCCCGGGCGCUCCUCUGUGGCCGCAGACUCACCUCGGCCUCCCCUCCAGCCUGCUGCCAGAUGGUGGAGGUCCUGCUCGCCGCCCUGAUCCUGGUCUGCAGCUCCGUGUCCUGCGGCUCGGCGGGAGGAUACACCGGCCUCCCCGCCCUGGGGGGCAUCUACUACUACCAGUACGGCGGGGCCUACAGCGGCUUCAGCGGAGCGGAUGGGGAGCGAGCCCAGCAGCUUGACCAGCGUUUCUACCUGCUGAAGCUGCCCAUUGCAAAGGCAGCGAUGGUCGUGGGAGGAUGUCUCCUGGUCUUCCCGUGUGUUCUAAUUUUGCUACUUCUAGAGCUGUACAGUGCUAUUGAGAGCAAGUUCACAGGGCAGCAUUCCUCUAGCAGGAAACAGAAAGCUGCCUUAAUAACUGCUUAACUCUUGUGACUGACCACUGAGACAAGCACAAGCUCCUGGCUUUAUCCCAUGUCUUCUGUAGAGGAAGCCUCUACUGUGAAGCAUCCAUGAUGAAGGUGGCCAGGCUGCUGCUGAGGUGGGUCUGUG